CGAGAGUUUGCAGUAGUUAUUCGCGAGUGCAUUUGAUAACUGUUGUUUCAAGAGGAUACAACGCAGCAUCCUCUGCACCGGAGGACGGAGGAGGUGUGGCCAGUAGUAGCAGGUCGCAAGUUUUUCCCAAUGUCCGAAUGAAGUGAUAACACAACCAGCGCCAUUCUAAGCGAGGAGUCAGUGUGGUGUGAAUAACACAGAAAUAGAAUAAAACAUAACAGCGCUGGCAAGAAGUGAUGCAAAACCCCCUGUUGACGCGCAAGUGAACGAUAAGUGAAUACUCAACGCCUACUAGAACUUCUCGCCCUUGUCAAGGGUUGCUCCGAUAGUGUAUGGAUAUUUGUGUGUGUGCCUGCUGCCCAGGGAAGUGUCCGACUGUAGCCCCCCGUAGAUAGGCACGUAGGAGAAGGGAGCGGAGGCGUUUGCCAGCGUUUGAGAAGUUCCACUGCUGUGGCAUCUGGCCCGACUUGCUAGAACCAGCGCUUCGGUAGAGGUUGCUGCAGUCAGUUGCUAUCACCAAACACAGCCGCACAUCAACGACGAUGAAUGCAUCCGACCCGUUCGUGAUAACCUCCCGCGAGAGGCUCAAGUACGAGGAGCAGUUCAAGUCGCUUCAGCCGGUCAACGGCGUGGUGACGGGCGGGCAGGCCAAAGGAUUCUUCCUGCAGAGUCAGCUGCCCCCGCAGAUACUCGGUCAGAUAUGGGCCCUUGCCGACACGGACGCCGAUGGUCGCAUGACGCUGGGUGAGUUCAGCAUCGCCUGCAAGUUGAUCAACCUGAAACUGCGCGGUUUCGAGACCCCUAAGAUACUGCCGCCGACACUCAUCGCAUCGCUCACUGCCGUCGGUGGUACGCCGAUCCUCACCCCGACAUCCGGUCUCAGCCCGCUCGAUCCACUCAAGUCUCUGGCCGGUUCCAUCGGGUCGGCCCCGGUCGUCCCACCGCAGCCACAGCCCAUGAUGGCUCCGACGCACCCUGCCAUGGUACCGCACGCCAUCGUGCCUCCGCUGAUGGCCACUCAAAUGGUGCCACCGCAGGUACCCGUAGUGCCGGGAGUAAUGGCCGGUGUUGCCCCGCCGAAACCGGCCCUUCCUCCGCAGCCGUUGAUUGCGACCGCAGCACAGCAGGCUCCACUGAUACCGAUGGGACAGUCGCUGAUGUCCGCGGCACCGGUCAUGCCACCAGCACCGCAGGUUGUUAUGCAGCAGCCCUUGAUCGGAGGACUGAUGGGACCGGCUGGUAUUCCGCCGACGGCCACCGUAAAGCCACUGAUUGAUCCGCUCGGUAGCCUUGGUCAGGCACCGCUGGUGGCAGGAGUUCCACCCAUCGGUGCCGUGGCAGGAGCAGUACCGGCACCUCCAACACCUCCCCAUUCUGGCGGUGGUACUCCGGCGCGCUCGAUGUCAAUCUCGGAACGGGCACCAUCCAUCGAAUCGCCCGGACAAGUCGAAUGGGCAAUCAAGGGCCCGGCGAAGCUGAAGUACACACAGCUGUUCAACACAACCGAUCGCAACCGCAGCGGUUUCCUGACCGGCCCGCAGGCGCGCAACAUUAUGGUCCAGACGAAGCUACCGCAAGCGCUACUCGCCCAAAUCUGGGCCCUGGCCGACAUGGAUGCUGAUGGGCGGCUCGGUUGCGAGGAGUUCGUGCUAGCCAUGUAUCUGUGCGAUAUGGCGGCGGCCGGCGAGAAAGUUCCGACCACCCUUCCUCCCGAUCUAGUCCCUCCGUCGUUCCGGAAGACAUCGUCACGGCACGGUUCGGUGGUCAGUUCACGCCAUGGGUCCGUUUCGUCGCAGGGUGCACCGGUGCACGCGCCCGUCGAGCUGGACCCACUUUCCGGGCUGCCACAGACCUCGUUCGAAGACAAACGGAAGGAAAACUUCGACAAAGGUCAAGCCGAGCUCGAAAGGCGCCGCAAAGCGUUGAUGGAUAUUCAGAAAAAGGAACAAGAGGAACGCGAGCGCAAGGAGCGUGAAGAGCAGGAAAAGAUUCGCAAGGCUAAGCUGGAGGCGGAACUGAAGAAGCAGCAGGAGCUGGAGAAGGAACUGCAGCGCCAGCGCGAGCUCGAACAGGAGCGAGAAGAGCAGCGCAAACGGGAGCUCGAAAAGAAGGAACUCGCACGCAAGGAAAUGGAAAAACAACGCCAGCAGGAAUGGGAAGCUCAAAAGAUUGCCGAAAUGCAGCAACAUCGACAGCGCGAGCAGGAGAACGUACUCAAGCUGAAGGCCCAGAACCAGUCGCUCAGUGUCGAGCUCAGCACGUUCAACGAGCGCAUCAAGGAGCUGUCGCAGAAGAUUUGCGACACGCGCGUUGGCGUGACGAACGUGAAGACGACGAUCGAUGGAAUGCGCUCGACGCGCGACACACAAAUGUCCGAGAUGGCGCAGUUGAAGGCGCAGGUCAAGGAGCAGAACCAACGGCUGGUCCAGUUGAGCCAGGAGAAGGCGAAGCUGGACGCAAAGAACAAGUCGGGCGAGACGGAGAGUCAGUUACAGUUUACGAACAAACAGAUCGUCAUACAGCAGCUGAAGGAUAAGCUCGAGAACACGAAGCAACAGAUCGAGAACAAGACGACCGACAUCAGCCUGAAUCGGGAGCAGCUGACCGAACUGAAAUCCCAGCUGACCAACCUGAUCGACUCGUGCGAGAAGCUCUACGGCGAGUACGAUUUGCAGCGAAUUCAGAUCCUGGAGAUGAAGAACAAUCGCAAAAACGAGUCGUACAGCAGCGCUUGGGACACGGGCAGCUCGUGGCCAACGGAAACUGCGACGGUGGCACACACGACGGCGGUCACCAGUGAACCGGCGGCUGUGACGUCCCUGGCCGGAGAAAACCUACAGACGCCACCGGGCUACGUGAAAUAUCGGGCCAUUUAUGAGUUCAGUGCGCGGAACGGUGAUGAGAUUUCCUUCCAACCGGGUGAUAUUGUGAUGGUACCGCUGGAACAGAAUGCCGAACCGGGCUGGCUGGCAGGUGAGAUUAACGGUCACACCGGUUGGUUCCCAGAGACGUACGUGGAGAAGGUGGACACCAACCUGAACGUGGUGGAAACGGCACCGGAAACGAUAGCGUACACUGAACCGGUGGAAGACUAUAGUACCGCCAUCAGCGCUCCGGCGGCAACCGAAUACGCGGCCCCCAACAAUGCAGAGGCUACCUGUAAUGGCGAUGUGGAGUAUUUUGUGGCAUGCUACGCGUACCAAUCGGCGGAAGUCGGUGACCUGGUGUUUGAUGCGGGCGAAACGAUCGCCGUAUCGAAGAAGGAAGGUGACUGGUGGACGGGUACGAUUGGCAACCGGACUGGUAUUUUCCCCUCGAACUAUGUGCAGAAGCAAGAAGCGGAGGCAAUGAACGGAAAUCAAACAUCCUACGACGAGCAACCGAGCGCGCAGAUCGAACAUUCGCAGACCACGGCCCAGACGUACGAGAUGGAGACGAAACGGAAACAGUCCACCCCCGCCACCACUACCACCACCACCACCACCACCCCUAGUAAUACUCAGGACGCGGAGGAUGCCCGGAAUCAGGCCGAGCUGGACUCGGAGGUGUCGCAGAUCAACACGCAGCCCCCGCAGGCCCCUGCCGUCAACGAGGAUAACAUCCGCUACUCGUCAAUGUCGAUGACCUCGGCCACACCGAGCCUCCGGCGGAAGGGUGAGGUAGCGCAGGUGAUCGCUCCGUACGAGGCGACCAGUUCCGAACAGCUCUCGCUUCAGCGCGGCCAGCUGAUCAUGAUCCGAAAGAAGACCGACUCCGGUUGGUGGGAGGGCGAGCUACAGGCUAAAGGACGGCGUCGGCAGAUCGGUUGGUUCCCGGCGACGUACGUGAAGAUACUCCAGGGCGGUCGCAACAGUGGCCGCAAUACGCCCGUCUCGGCGAGCAAGGUCGAGCUGACGGAGACGAUUCUCGACAAAGUCAUCGCACUGUAUCCGUACAAAGCACUGAACGACGACGAGCUGUCCUUCGAGAAGGACGACAUCAUCGCCGUGCUGGGCCGGGACGAGCCGGAAUGGUGGCGCGGCGAACUGAACGGUACCACCGGCCUGUUUCCGAGCAAUUACGUCGGUCCGUUCGUGUCGUCCGGCAACGUAUAACGGGCAACAGGGCUUUCUGCAACCGUCAACAGAGCCCGGAAUGACACUCAGCAGGAUCGAGACGAUGGCUGCGAUGGGGACGCUUGGAGCUGCCACUCCACCACCGCAAACAACGCCACCAGCAGCACCACCAAGAGCAUCGUUAAACGUAACAUGUCCUGGCGCACCGGUGACUAUGGUGCCGAAGAGGACGCUAACGAUGAUGAUGAUACUGAUGAUGAGGAUCUACACAACAACAACAACAAUAACGGAUACUGCAACAAUAAAAUCAUCAAUAAUUAUAAAACUACUGAUAACAAUAACGGUAACGAAUAUACUCUGAGUAAUGGUAACGAUAUUAAUCCAUGCAAUAAUAAUCAGCUACUAAUGCGAGCAUUCUUACAACACAACGCGAGCGGCCGCCAUCACUAGCCAGCUCCGGCAGUAUGACGCACCCUUAGCAUACAGAUAGAGGGAGGAAGAGAAGCAUGAGAGCGAUUUAAAAAAUCACCCACUGUUAUAGGUGUACCACGUUAAAACACACACAAGUAAAUCAACGAGACACAGUAUUGUAGUAAUUGCGGGAUGUUUCUGUUCGUUUGAAAUUGAAAUUAAAAGCAGAGAGAGAGAAAGGGAAGAACGAUUUGUGUUAGAUUAAGGAUGAGUGGCAGGAUCAGUCGCAAGCUAAAGAAACCACACAGCAACCCACAAAUUACACGCUGUGGCAGGAAGGUACUACAAAGCCUACUUACUAGCAAUCGUUCGGUUCGAAAAUCCAAGCAAUCCAAGAAACUAUCCCACACGAAACAAGGGGGCGUUAAGGUAGCUUACUUUGUUGUAGCUUCGAUGCUAUUAGCAAAAACGGGUAUUUUUGUUUGGCUAUCUAUUGUUUGAACUCAUCUUUUUCUAAUAUUUAUUAUCGUUUUCCUUUUUCCCUCCUCUAUAAGUAACAUCUUAUCGGUACGUCAUGCUUGGUGAACCAAUUGAGAGUAUUAUAGUUUAAAAACAAGAGCGAAUUAAGCAAAAUAAAAUACCCGCCAGCAAUGGAGGAAGAAAGUAAUGAAAGUAAGCAAAGUAGGCUAUAAUUAGAUGAUGUAGAUAUUUACGAACCAUUCAACAAAGGUGGAUCGCAACACGUUUGGUUCACGCGCUGACCGUAAGCAAUGGGGCAAAAGUUCAACAAUCAUCCGUUGUAGGCUUUACUAUCGAUAAGUUAGGUCGUGUCGGUAUUUAGUUGGAAUUAUUUAUAGUUAUUAAUACUAAGAAUAGCGUUUACAAACUCACAAACAAAACAAAAAACACACCCUGAUUAUCGUUAGACAUGGUUAAACGUUGUGACAUUAACCGUAUGAAGCAAGGUUCGAAUCGUGACCCCCCCGCCCGUGAAGGUAUUUAUCUCAGUUAUCUAAGCUGUUUCCUGCAUUUACUGUAUCGUAAAGGAAAAGAUCACCUAGCCUAGAGAUUUAUCCGAUUAGCAGCUCGUUCAAUCUUUCACCGUAGGCAAUAUAUCAAGAAUCUUAUCGUAAAAAGAUCGACCCUAUGAAAAAGCGAAAUAGCGGAACUCUAGUAUUAUAGCAGGCGAAAGAAAUUGGUUCUGCGCGUUUCUGCGUUCCAAGAUUGUUUGCAGUUGAUUUGCAAAAAAAAUCCCCCCGUGCUAUGUUCAAGGAUCUGGCACAUGAAAGAUUCGGUUUCUUUCUAGCUUCAUGUGUCUAUUGUUUCAUCGGUAUCACUGUUAUCGUUUAAGACAAAAGUGUGCAUCGUCAUAACCUCUGAGGUUUUGUCAUUUUUUGUUUUGAAUUUCUCUCAUAAAAAAAAACACGGUCGGGAUAAAGAGCUAGUUAAGAAACCAGAGAUACCGCAGGGUCUGUGGCUUCGUUAAGUUUGAUUUAUUGUAAUUAUCCUCUACGUUCCUUCCAUGAUCAUUGUUGCAUACAUUAGAAGGCACAGGAAAAGGUUCGGGUGGUUCUUGUUAGUUCGAGCAUUGUGAACGAACGUUAGAAAUUGCGUGUUCUUGUUCCGUUUUGCCUAACCUUACUUUACUUCGAGCCAUAUUCAUGCGGAUUCAAUAUCAAUUCAAUGCGGAUUCAAUACCAAAUAUCAAUUCACAAUAAGUCGACGGUUUUAAGGAUGGCGAAAAGAAAGCAAAACAAACACACGUUAAGCAAAAUGCUGGUAAACCUAAUAAUGAAACAAAGGCAUAUAUAAAUAUAUACAUAUACAUAUAUACAUAUAUUUAGAAGAAUAAUUACGUGCCCUAUCCACUAUUACUACGAAGAACAACAGGACAGGACGAGCUGUCGCCCGCUACAUUUUCCCCCAAAAAGGCAAACCUCCUUACAUGCUAUCGCAAAGACGGGGGACGAGGGACGCGGUUGAAAGUGAAAAAAAAAACAAAGUUAUUUCUUCUCAGAAAAGUGUUAUUUAUUAUGCUAUUGCAAGCGUUACAUGAAUUUAGUAGCUGGUAGUGUGAUCGAAAUCGCGAUCGGUCGCGCACUGUGUCGAGUUUUGGGCGGCGUUUCUCUCCAUAUCUUGUACUGGUUCCGGAGUUCUAUCCUCCUAGGAGCGUGGUUCGAGCGACAAAAGGCUGUUGUUAGUGCAGGGUGGACUAAGAGCACGACACGAUGAAAGAGACAAAUUUGUGGCACCUACUAGCAAAAGCUUCGCGUUUCCCAUACGGCGCAAAAUAAAACAAAAACAAAAAUGAUCCAUUACUGUGUAAAUUGUGCAUUCUUCGGUAGCAAAGACAACACGAAACAAAACAAGCAAAAAAAAACAGCACUGGAAAAUGAAUACAAAUAAAGGUGUAAAUGUAAUGAAACGAGAAAGCAGGAGAGCACGAACAAAAUUCAUUGAAAUUUGAAAAAUAAACAUGAGCAUAUUAGAGACAGUAAAGUUGUAUGAAUUAAAACGCAAUUAACAAACAAUACUAAAUCGCUGGAGCUGGCAACAGUACUGCUGGAAAGAAAGAAGCAUAAAACAACUCCCCUCUUGUAAGCUUUUGGGAAACGAGAUCGAGUUCGGAUGAACGGUUCUGCCGGUUUGCUGAUUUCGGUAGUGUCUGUUUUUUUCGUUUUCCAAUGAAAGGUUCCUUAAAUUUUGUUAUUUUCUUCUGUUCUCAAUGGGAUACCCUUAUGUACAGUUAUGCCAUUGAUACUUCAAUACCGUUCGCUGUUGAGUGUAGUAAUUCUUCAAAAUGGGCUAACUGAAAAUUAAACUCUUCAAUUGGUGUCGGGAAAGAUGCGACGGUCGGACAGGAGGGUCCCGUUUUAAAGGAACGUUGUAUAAAAAAAAAAAAACAUAUGAACAUGCAAUAGCAGGUAGAUAAUUAAUCAAACACAAUUAAGUGUGACCAGGCGAACAAAUAAUGUAUGAAGGAGGGAACGAGAGGAGACAAA